UGUGUGUGUGUGUGUGUGUGUGUGUGUGUGUGUGUGUGAGAGAUGGUUGGUGUGUAAUUGGCAUAUUUUGGGUGUGAAAUAAUUCUGCCUAUACAGUGUGUGAUAUUUGCGUUGUGUGUGUGUGUGUGUGUGUGUGCGAGCGCAGUUGGAGCAUGAGAUCCUAAUUCUGCUUGAUCCUGUGUUAACCCACUUAGCACACACACACACGCCCUCAGAAUUAUCCCCUUCAUGGAUGUUUGCGUGAGGGUGUGUGAGAGACCAGCUCAUGAGUUAGUUUUUAAGUAAAUAAGAUGAUUACAGUAGUCCCUCAUUUAUCAUGUAGGUUACCGAACACCCCGCCAUUGACAAAAUUCUUCAACGUUGGGACAUCUAGCUUUAUUUUUCAAUUUAUUUGAAAGUUUGAUGCUUAAUACUGUACCAAGCCAAAAUAUAUACAGUAUGUGAGGUGUUAUUAUUUUUGUCCGCUUUGGGUUGCUAUCCUCAUGUUCUACACUGUAGUAUCAGUGCUUUUGAAUGCUUGUGGCUUAAAAUGGCGGUGAGUGACGUGGGUGUCAACGGAUGAGAGCCUGCACUAGGGGCUACUAACCGUUAGCCACACUGACUUUGUUACGGCCAUGCGAAUGGAGCAUCAAUGUGCUUGUGAUGCAUUUUUAGAAGCAAAAAAAUAUCCGCGACAUGAAAUGAGGCAGGCAGACAUAAAAAAAUCUGCUGUACCAUUUGUCCGCCCAAAGUGAACCGCGAUGUGACGAGGGACGACUGUAGUUUUUGGACGUUUUCUAAGGUUUCGCUUCCUUCCUGUCCUCUUCCUCAUCAAAUGAAUGAACGAAUCAGACUGCAGCUGCCGCAUUUGGCGCGUCGUCAUCUGAGUGCGCUCAGCGCACGCGUGCGUGGCUCCGCCUCUUGGCGUCGCUGGCCAAUGUCAUUCCUCUGCUACUUCCUGCCUGUCCGCACGCUGCAGCCACUGGCCAAUCGCGUGGCGCUAUAUCGCUCCUUCCCCACCCGCCUGCUAUCUCGAGCUUGGGGUCGCGUCAACGGGGUGGAGCUUCCGACAUGGCUACGCAAACCCGUCUACUCGCUCUACAUCUGGACCUUUGGAGUCAACAUGCAGGAAGCAGCAGUGGAGGACUUGCGUCUCUACCGCAAUCUCGGAGAGUUUUUCCGGCGCCCUCUCAAAGAGUCGGCGCGGCCGCUUUGCUCCGCCUCCUGUCUGGUGUCUCCAGCAGAUGGCAGGAUUGUCCACUUGGGUCGCGUGUUGAGUUCAGAGGUGGAGCAAGUGAAGGGGGUCACGUAUAGUCUGGAACACUUCUUGGGGCCGCAAGAUGGACACGGCGACCUGACCCCGGCCAUGAGCACAGAGUCGUCGCCAUCAUCGUCGUCGUCGUCCUUCCGGGACGGACUCCUGACGAAUCCCGACAACGACCUGUUCCACGCUGUUGUUUACUUAGCCCCCGGUGACUAUCAUCGCUUCCAUUCGCCCGCCGACUGGACGGUGGCGCUCAGGCGACACUUCACAGGUUCGCUGCUGUCGGUGAGUCCGGGCGUAGCGGGCCGGGUGAAAGCGCUGUUUUGCCUGAAUGAGCGCGUGGCUCUGAGCGGACGAUGGCGACAUGGCUUCUUUUCAUUGACGGCCGUCGGCGCCACCAACGUGGGAUCCAUCCGCAUCUACUUUGACCAAGAGCUGCAGACGAACGCGCCGGGCGACAAAAAAGGCCAUUUCCACGACCUGCGUUAUGCUGCGGGGGCGGAGCUGGCCAAAGAGGGUGUGGCCCUGCAGCGGGGGGAGGCGGUGGGCGAGUUUAAUUUAGGCUCUACAGUGGUGGUACUCUUCGAAGCCCCCAAAAGUUUUGCCUUCAGCGUCAAGCCGGGACAAACUGUCAGAGUGGGCGAGGGGCUGGGCAGCCUCUGAUUGGCUGAGCCAGCUGGGUUGAACUUGAACUUGGGGGGGGGGGGGGCAAGAGGGGACACUUGCCCGUGGGGAAACAUUGAGGACAUAUCCCACAAUGCCUUGCAGCUGCUGUAUUGGAAAUCUUGGAAAUAAUCAUGUCAAAUCAA